UUGACAUCUAGGUUUGUCUAGAGUCCGUUUCAGGUUUAUCACCGCACAAUUAAUGUACAGUUUGUAAGUCAAGAUGCUUAACGCUGAGUUACUGUCAGACCGCAUUGCUAGGACAAGUCUGCAGAGGCGUCGCAACAGAGAGACUGAAAGACGAGAGCGGAUUUUUAACGACAAAACCAGGACUAUUGGGGUCGACAAGGAAGGACUAGACGCGCAGGUAAAUGAGAAGAAGAAACAAGAAGAGGCCGAAAGAGAGAAACAAAACGCCUACGAUGCUGAUAUGCUCCAUAAUAGCAAAGUAGCUUGCAUUCUCCAUAACAGACAAAUGAAGGAGAAGCAAGCGAUGGAAAAGGCUGUGGUUAACUACCGGCAUCAGUACCAGCAGCCUUGGAGCCAGCGGGAGUAUGACUUGAACAACUUAGGUGAUGCACAGAUGAUGCUCCCUGGACUGGUGGGCGAAGACCUGGAGAGUAAAAGCAGAUGCCAGAGACAGAGGGAGCAGCUCAGAGAGUGGCUCAGCCAGCAGCAGAGGGAGCAGGCAGCAGAAAGGCAUCAGCUAAAGCUGGAAGAGCAGCGAUAUGACCACAGCAGAGAAGAACUGGACAGCAAAGCUCUACAGCUUCAGAACCUUGAGAUGGAGAGAAGAAAAGCAGCAGCCAUUGCCAUUAAAGACUACAAUCUGGCCAAGGCUGAGGAAACACGUCGCCAGGAGCAGGCACAUAACGACCAGGACAAUCUAGCGGAAAUUAUGAACCACAUGCCAGGACAGCUGACAGGUGUAGAUGUUGGGCCUAGCCUGGGCAAGGUGGGAGUGCCCGGCCUUUGUCCCAGCAAUGACAGGAAAGUCCGUCCAGAAAGCCUGCAGCAGGUCAUCCAGUUCCAGAAACAUCAAAUAGAGGAGAAAAAGAGGAUGGAAUUAGAGAAGAAGAGGGAAGAGGAGGGACAUGAUCGCAUUCGCUUAGACUCGGCUCGUACAGCUCUGCUAAUAGAAAGGCAGCAGGCAAAACUGAACAAGCAGCUGAGACGGCACCUGGACAGCACCAACAUUAAGCUGGCCGAAACGCACAAACAACAGGAGCCGGACAUUGAAAGAGGACACAUUGAUGAGAGUUUCUUCUCCAAAUUCAACACAUGCAGCAGAUGAUGGAUCUGCACCGAUGGCUCACUCGUUACAGCAGAUAAGCAGUGAUAAUGGUGCUACAUUAGAAGAACAGAAUAAACUCAACAACAGUCAAUCAACAGUUGUCUUUAGUUACAUCAAAAUUUGUUUAGACAUUUCACAGCAUUUAAAUACAUCUAGAUAAUUCUCACAAUGAUCAUUAAAGAAUCUUUGUUCUUGCUUCAAUCCAAAAAUGAAAGGUGCCUCUCGGAGCAAAGGUCAGCUAAGCCCAUGUAUAAAUCCAUUACAGAUUAAAAUCUAAAACAAUUCACAUUUAAGUGAAAGACCCUA